AUGCGGCACUGGGACCCGUGGUCUGGGCUGGCGGAGUCCGAGGGCUGCACCUGGAGCCCGCACGUCCACGGACCGCAUCGGGCGCUGAAGCGGCAUCUCCGCCAGGCGCUGGAGCCGACGGCAACGAAGCGACUCUGCCGCCACGAGGAAAAACAGCGGCCGGAAGCGAGGGGUUCCGGCUGGUGGUCGACGCCGCUGGGGUACCGGCCGGAGGAGGUAAACGUUCGGCGGUCGGGCAGGGUGGUGACGGUGCGUGCUCGUCACAAGGAGCGCUCAGCUGGCAGCUUCGUAUCCAGCAAGAUGGUGCGGAAGGUGACGCUGCCAGAAAGCGUGCGGGCCGACGACCUGACCUGGAGACACAGCCGGUCAGGUCAGUUGGUGCUGGAGGCGCCGGCGGUCGAUCCGCUGGCACUGGAGGCGAAGACGGUGAAGGUGACGUACGACGAUCUGGACUCAUGUGUCGUGGAAGAUAAGCAGAUUGAAGUUCCAGCCGCUCGGUCCGAAGAGAGAGACGCGGAAGCGGCAGUGGAUGCUGAUUGCCGCUGCUUCGAGCGAGUGCUCUGA